AUGGUCCCCUCUUGGUUCCGCCUGGCUUCCCCAUUCGAACCCAGGCUCCAAAACCACAUUCGCCGCCUCGCGACUAAAGCCAACGCUACAGUAUUACCGAGAAACCUAAACGAACAGAUAUCCAUCAGCAAAAUGGCCCAGUCAGGCAAGAAAGCUUUCGGGACGAGCCCCAUCCCGCCCGUAAACAUGGCCUCGCUCAAGCUGCAGAGCGCCGAGAUGGUCAACCACAACACGAAGCGCCUGCGCUUCGAGUUCGCUGACAGCGAGGCCACCAGCGGUCUGGCUCUCACUCAGGCCACACUGGCGCUUGCCUUCCCGAACGGCGGCUGGAUCCCUGCCCCGAGGCCGUAUACUCCUGUCAGCAGUCCAACUCAAAAGGGCUUCAUUGAGUACCUGGUCAAGCUCUACCCCAACGGCAAGGGCUCCGGGACCCUCCACUCCCUGCAGCCUGGCCAGUCGAUGCGGUUCAUGCCCAUCCCCGUGGGCAUGUACCGCCACAACGCCGAGAAGCACAACCAGGUGGCCAUGAUCGCCGGCGGCGCCGGCAUCACGCCAAUGUACACCUUUGCUCGCUCCCUGCUCGCCGACCCGGCCGACCGUACCAAGAUCACGCUGAUCUGGGGUGUCAACGAGACCAGGGACCUCUUUCUCAAGGACGAGUUCCUGCAGAUGGAGAAGGACCACCCGGACCGGUUCCGCAGCGUCUUUGCCAUCUCCAAGACCGACGGUGGAGAGGAGGUUCCCGAGGGCUACAAGAAGGGCUACAUCACCCCCGAGAUGCUCAAGGAGGCCGGCGUGCAAAAGGUGGACGGGCUCAAGGUCCUGGUCUGCGGGCCGCCGCCGUUUGAGAGCGCCCUGCUCAAGGGCAAGGAGGGUGGCGUUUUGGGGGCGUUGGGGUUCAAGAAGGCUGAUAUUCACCAGUUCUAG